AUGACGUGGCAGAAAGCAGUGCCAAGUCUGAAGGCCUGCUUGAAGAGUCUUUGUCUGGUUCGGCUGUUAAAUCCUUUUCCUCUGCCCCAAGAGCAACAUGUUCUGAAGAGGGUCUGCUCCGUUAGCUUAGAUGCUGGAAUGAAGAAGACUGCAUUGGCUUUUCAGUCCAGCACAAACAACCAUCCAGAAGCAGCAGCUGGUUCCAGUUUCCUAAUACUCCCAGAACCAAAAGCAUGGUGCCCACUCAAAAAGCCCAGCCCUAGCCGGCUAGCAACCUCUCCUCAAGGGCCUGAAUACCAGCUCCGGAGUACAGUCCGCACACCCCCAACACCACUCGGGUCUAGCAAGUUUCCACAUUUACUAAUUUCAGUUAACCCUCUUAGUGGGAAACAUAGCCUUUCUCUGGGCCUUGUUCCUAUAAUACUAACACUCUGUCUUUUUGCUGCAGGAGAAGAAGUUAGCUAUGAAAGGGUGGGGUGAUUUAAAGAUGGUAUACCAUGGACUGGGACUUUGUCAAGAAAGAUGGCAGGUUUACCCUAAUCUCCAGAGAAGAUAAACACUCGCUUUCUGCUUUACACUAGACAUUAUCCCAAAGUCCAUCAGGAAAUCAGUGCAGCUAAUUAUUUAACUAUCCAGGUCUCACACUUCGAAACAGACAAGAUCACCCAUAUCAACAUACCUGGAUGGAAAUCAGAUGAAUGGCAGCAAGACAUGUGCGGUGUGUUCCUAAAAGUAGAAGAUGUGAACUGCAUUAAUUUAGACUGGAUUAAUGGUUUGCUGCAAUAUAUCCACGCUGUAAGCAAUCUCCGCGUUGUUGGUGCUGAGAUGGCUUAUUGUAUUGACGUUCUUGUGAAAAAAUUUGGAUAUUCCCCUUCUAAAGUGCACUUGAUUGGCCACAGCUUGGGAGCUCAUCUGGCUGGGGAAGCUGGGUCAAGGACACCAGGCCUUGGAAGGAUGACUGGGUUGGACCCAACUGGGCCGGGUUUCCACCACACUCCAAAUGAAGUCAGGCUGGACCCCUCAGAUGCCAACUCUGUUGAUGUUAUUCAUACAAAUGAAGUUCACUUCCUCUUCGAGCUUGGUGUUGGAACUAUUAAUGCUUGUGGUCACCUUGACUUUUACCCAAAUGGAGGGACGCACAUGCCAGGAUGUGAAGAUUUAAUUACACCUUUAUUUAAAUUUGAUCUCAAUAUUUACAAGGAAGAGAUGUUUUCCUUCUUUGAUUGCAACCAUGCCCAAAGUCAUCGCUUUUAUGCUGAAAGCUUUCUCAAUUCCGAUGCAUUUAUUGCUUAUCCUUGUAGAUCCUACAAAUCUUUCAAAGCAGGAGAUUGCUUCCAUUGUCACAAGGAAGGUUGCCCAACGAUGGGUCAUUUUGCUGAUAGAUUUCACCUCAAAAAAAUGAAGCCUAAUAGAUCGUAUUAUGUUUUAAACACAGGGACUCUUUCCCCAUUUGCCCGACACAGUCCAGUGGUCCUAACGGAGUCAAUUGCAGAGCAAUAUGCCUAUGCAUCAUGA